AUGCCAAGAUAUUAUUCCAAUUUCGAACUAUUGGCAGAGCAUUUGCAGCUGCUGCCAACCGAUUUUAUUGAUAGUCUGUACCUUUCGUCGCAAACCAUACUAUGUCACGCUUUUGAAGGAUUACAGAGGUUCUGUUGCUCUCUCGCGCCAAACGAUGAGAAUAUAGAAAAGCAUUUGAUGCGAUUUGAGGAAGAAAUCGAAUCGACUCUUUCUUUUGAUGUAUUGCAGCAAUACCUCUUUGACUCGGUAUUCUGGAUGCCGCCCGAUUUAUCCAUCCAGCUUGACCACUACCGAGAUCUCGAUCUAACCCUCACUGCAGAACAUGAGAUGACAAUCGAUAAAGAACUCCAAGCAGCUCUAGAAGGGGUCAUGGCACAAUGGCAAUAUUCUCACUGUUUAAAGCGAAAACAUGCAUUUAUGAACAGUCAACUACAACAACUGAACAGUUUACAGCAGCAGCUGGCAACUUUACCUUUGAGCGAAAUUAGCCGAGACUCCAACAUGUGGUCAACGACGUAA